CUUAUUAUCAAACUUUCAUCCUUUAACUUCCAAGGUUAUUACUUUUUUCAUUCAUUUUGAAGAUCGAGGUUGAAUACUUGAUUGUAUUCAACACGAAAAAUAUCAACUUCUUCAAGAUGGCUUCUGAUAAUUCUAUGGUGACCAUUGACAAGAUCUAUUUGGAGACUUUGCUGAGAAGGUACAGUGAUCUACUUCUUUAACCCUGUACGAAAUGUCUUAGCUGCGUGAAGCAAUCAUUAACCGUUUACCCCACAAUAGAGCUCAAUUCGUAUGUCGAUAUCGAUAGCUAUUCGAGAGAAGGGAUGAGGUUUCAAAGACUUAUUGUUUAUGUGUAGCAUACUUCGGAGAAUAGUGAUGGUACUCCUUCCGACGACUCGGACAAGAUCAUAAUCUUGAAGAAGGAACAUGAUGCGCUGGUAAGCAAGCAUCCUAUACAUUGUGAAUUUACAUAAAUCUUAUCUAACACCCAUAUGCCAGAUACAAUCCGCUCGUGAAUAUGGUAUGCUACCCGUUUAUUACACAGAAUAUUUACUUUUCAUGGAUGCGAGAGACUAACUCAACACCACAGAGAACCUGCGACGCAACCUUUACAAAGGUGGUAUUGUGGAGGAGACCCUGAAUGUGAGUUUUUGGCAGCAACUUAAUACCUACCUAUUUCUGUUCUCUAAUAUCGUUUCUUCAGAUCUUAAUUAAGGACGACACGCUCGCUGAUGAAAACGGUGGCUGUGAGAACGGAACAUUGAAUAUUUCUGCGACACAUGAAGAUCAUGAUAACAGCACCGCCUUCAUGACACAAAUUCCUUCUCCGUCAACUCAAGACGCCUAUGGCCACCAAGCUUAUACAUAUGGUACACCACGGAAUAGCAGCUCACUAUUUCCACGUCGUUCUCAGGACUAUAAAGGCUUCCAACCUCAUAGCUUCCAGUAUCAACAGUCCCCGAACCAUUUGCAUACGGAUGGUUAUGACGAUCAUCUUAAUAGUCCAGAUGGGAUUGAUACCUUCGAUUUUGAGACUGGAGAUAACUCACAGACCAGGUCUCAACGUCCAACUUAUGAAAAAUUUGCCCAACGUACCGUACUAUUGUUCAAUCUGCCGGAUGGUACCACAUAUGCAGACAUUUGUGAUGCUGUUAGGGGAGGCAUGCUGUUGGAUAUAUACCUUCGUACUCAUGAUCAUGCUGCGAGUGUAUCUUUUCUUGAGCAAGCCCAUGCAAAUGAGUUCCUUCGUCAUGUAAAGCGCAAUGACUUGUAUAUUCGUUCAAAAAGAGUAGGUUUAUCUAAAUCUUUAUCAGGACGCAGACAGUUGACGAUAGCUAGGUCGAUAUUCGGUGGAGCGACAGACAAUUCAUUCUACCUAAUCAUAUCGCGAAUAAAGUAGGCACUGGAGCUACUAGAAACCUCAUCAUUCAUAAUUGCAGCCCUAAGCAUACCGAGAAAGUUAUUCGGGAUGAUCUCGAGCAUAUCCAUAAUCUCGUCAUAAUCAAGGUUGCAUUCGAUGGUUCCAACGCUUUUAUCUCGACAAAUUCUGUUCAUAACGCAAUGUUUGCUCGCACUUGCAUGAUGAGUCGUGGGUAUGUUGGAAUUCAACUACCACUUUGGAGCUCGCUAAUUCUUCUCUAGCACUUAUAAAAGUUCAAAGAUUGAAUGGGAUAAUGAUGAAUGUGCAGCCCCACUGGCGAGACGUCCAACUUCCCAAUCCGACAAUCCUCCUCACAGCAAGAAGAAGGCUCCUUUGGUAAAUCGGUUUCAGAUUCUCAAUAUUGAUAGGGAGGAUGGAUCGGAGUCAGAUACUGAAGGUAUGGGCGUUUCGGUUAUGCGGGCGACUCCUCAAGCCGGACUUGUUACCUAAAAUGGUUGAUGAUACGGAAUAAUGAGCGAGAAGAGCCCCAUCGACAAUUUUCCCACGGGGCUGAAGAUUGGUCGAUACCAUCACUUACGUCAAGUUAUGUACAAAGAUUGGGAGGUGACGCGAGGCGGGUUUUGUUUUUGGCAUUUAGGUAUGGCGAUAUUUAGACACCUUUAUCUGUGUGUCUUUGUGUAUCUUGCUGCUUCGGAUAAGCCUGGAGGAUGGUUUGUUUGUGCUUCGGAUUUGUAAUUGACGAGACUACAAUGGUGGUUUCCAAUGUAAACGUGAAUGACUGGAGGGUAACUUACAGUCCUGUAGUAUAGAUAGUCUCAUACUUGCAUGGUAAAUACUGCAGCAAC